AUAGGCCAAGAUGGCGCUUCUCUGUUUGCAGAUCAUUUAAUUCUCCCCGAAAUAAAUAUUCGUUGUUAAAAAGUGCAAUAAAAUCCAGGCCGAAGGAAUCAGUGAUUAAGUAAGUGAUUGCUUAUAACAUUUAUUCUCAUGAAUUCGCAAUAUCAGGCGCGUAAGACGCGUGUCUUGGUGAAUUUUUGGUAAAUUUUCGGAAUAAUCAAUUUGGGUUCUCAAAAAAAAGUUUGUCCCACCUGAGGAAUGCAAGAUUUCAUUCCAAUCUGAUUUGGAGUGUGGAAAACUGUUUGGUUGUGAUUAGUUUUCGUUGCGGGGGUCGCUUACGUGAGGAGGAAGACUCUGAACCGCGACCGGUGAGACUGCUUGUGUAUCGGGGGUCAAGGUGCUGCACUCGUGACGUAUGUGUGUCGCAGAGGGCUGCUUGGCAGACAGGCCUACCGUGUGAGUGUGUAGUGUGUGCUAAAGUAAAGUGCAUUCAAUCCAUGAUCCUGGCCUGUCCUAUCAAUCGGUCAUCAGCUGCUGUUGCUGUUACUUUUUCAACAUUGUUCGGGGAGGGUUUUUUUUCACAAGGAAGAAGCAGUGGGACAAGGAGGUGCCGGAAACAGCCGUGAGUCCGGAAGUAAAAUCAAGAAGAUGGCCUUCAACGAGAAGGUGGAUUCUGAACUGAUAUUCACGAAGCAAGAACGAAUUGGAAAGGGAAGUUUUGGCGAAGUUUUUAAAGGAAUCGACAAUAGAACACAACAAGUUGUUGCCAUUAAAAUCAUCGAUCUCGAGGAGGCUGAAGAUGAAAUCGAAGACAUUCAGCAGGAGAUCAUGGUCCUGUCACAAUGUGACAGUCCCUUUGUUACCAAGUACUUUGGAUCUUACCUCAAGGAAACGAAACUAUGGAUUAUUAUGGAAUAUUUGGGGGGAGGUUCCGCCUUGGACUUGAUGAAAGCUGGAAGUUUCGAGGAAAUGCACAUUGCAGUCAUUCUGAGGGAAGUUCUCAAAGGUUUAGACUAUCUUCACAGCGAACGAAAGCUGCAUCGUGAUAUUAAAGCGGCCAACGUUUUGUUGAGUGAAAUGGGCGACGUGAAAUUGGCAGAUUUUGGUGUUGCUGGUCAAUUGACGAAUACGACAAGCAAACGAAAUACUGUUGUUGGCACACCGUUUUGGAUGGCACCGGAAGUUAUCAAACAAUCGGCAUAUGACUCCAAGGCUGACAUUUGGUCUCUAGGUAUUACGGCUAUUGAAUUAGCGAAAGGUGAACCUCCAAACAGUGAACUUCAUCCCAUGAGAGUUCUUUUCCUUAUACCGAAAAAUAAUCCACCUCAACUCACCGGAUUAUACACGAAGCAGUUCAAAGAAUUCGUCGAGGCUUGCCUUAAUAAAGAUCCUGAAAAUAGGCCAACGGCGAAAGAAUUACUUAAGUUCCAGUUCAUCAGAAAAGCAAAGAAGAACUCGUACCUGAUCGACCUGAUUGACAGGUACAAGAAAUGGAAGUUGCAACAUAGCGAGGAGUCGGAAACAGAGAGUGAGAAUUCAGACUCCGAGGAGUCGAAGCAAGAUAGUGAUAUGAAUGAACCUUGGAUAAUGACGGUAAAAGGUCCUCAUGGCGUGAAAGGUUCAUCGGUACCAAUGAUGCCAUUAGAAGAACAAACUGCCUCGUUAACGCAUUCAUCAAAUCAUAAAUCUUCGAAUCACAAUGUACAAGGAAAACCACACGUGAAUGGAGCUUCUAGGUCGCCACCGAAAGAAUCGUCAUUGAAUCACCAUAAAAAUGACUCUCGCGAUGGACAAAUUAAAGACUCGCCGAUGCGGCCUCAUGAAGCGGCGCCACCACCACCCGAGGAUCUGCAGAAAUAUUUGGAAAUUCGAAAGAUUCGAGAGUCACAAGUUUUGAAGAUGGAUCCAAAAGAAACGCGUGAAGUCAGAGAAGUUAGAGAAGUUCGAGAGAGCAGAGAACGAGAUGUAGGAGCGGAGAGAGAACGAGAACGAGGUGAACGAGUGAGUAACACGCGCGAAAAGAGGAAUAGCAAACCGGAAGUGCCUGUUGUACCGCUUGUUGACCAUCGGUCUGGAGAAGAAAAACAAAGGCCAAGAAGUUCUCAGGAUUUAAAGCAUCCCCGAGUUCUAACAACUGUUAUUGCACCGCUUCUUUCCGAGCUACAGAGAAAGCAUCAGUAUUCGUCAAGAGAUAAUGGCGAGAGUGGCAAUUCUGUCAGUAGAAAUGGUGGAGCGAUCGAUGAACUAAGAGGAGCUUUCGAAUUGGCAGAGCGCACAUCGCCCGGAAUGAGCGAAGCUCUCGUCAGAGAACUCCUUAAGGCAUUACUUCCGGCCAAUCAUUCCGACAGCCGCUUAUCCAUGCUUAUGGAAAAAGUUAUUUUAAGGGAUUCGUAGGGACGCGAGAGCGCGAGGGUUCGCCGAAGAUUAUGGUCCGAAAACAUCUUAACUCUAUAAAAAUUUCUAGAUUAGAAAUUUCCCCCGCCCCUUUUUUUUUUAAUUUUCAAUUGCCACUGUUAAAGCGAUUAUCGAUAUCCUGGCUUUUAUUGAAUUGUGACCGAAAGCGCAUUAAAAUAUUAGCUUCGUUUUCCAAAAAAAGAAAAACUAUCCGGCUAAUUAGUAUUUACCUGCUAAUUGGUGAAUUAACGGCUAAUUAGUGAAUAUUAAUUAGUGUUCACCUACUAAUUAGUAAUAACUGCUAAUUAGUGUUUUAUCAACUAAUUAGUAAAUUUACCAGCUAUUUAGUCAACUAAUUAGUAUUUUAUCUACUAAUUAUUAAAUCUGCCUGAUUAAUUAGCAUUUACCUGCUAAUUUACCUAAUUAAAUAGUGAAUGAAUUUAACGAAGCAAAAUAUGGUUACAAAUAGUGUCAUAUAUAUAUAUAUAAACAAGUCAACGUUUGACUUUAAUCGAAUAAAAUAGUCCAACUUUUUUGAAUCGCUUUGGAGAAACCAUUAAAAACAACAACUGCACUGAAAUAUUGACAAUAAGAAACGUUUGAAAACAUGUUUUUUUUUUGUCGACAAGAAAACAAAAGCGGAGAACAUAAAUACAGUACAUAGUCAAAUGGUGUGUGGAAAGAAGAAAAAGAAGAAAAAAAAGAA